AUGCAUUGUGCAGGUAACGGCACCGAAGUUCCCCGUGGUUAUCAAGAUCGGGCACGCGCACAGCGGCGUCGCCAAGGUGAAAGUGGACUCCUUGGCCGAUUUCCAGAAAAUAGGGAAAAACAACCUUUUCAAGCUGAUAUUGCAGGCGUGGUAGCUAUGCUUGGCACCUACUGCACCGUCGAGCCUUAUAUCGACGCCAAAUACGACAUCCAUAUACAAAAGAUUGGCACUAAUUACAAAGCUUUCAUGCGCAAGUCUAUUUCUGGAAACUGGAAAACCAAUCAAGGAUCUGCGAUGCUCGAAGCAAUCGGUAUGAAUGAUAGAUACAAGAUGUGGAUUGAUGAGGUGAGCGAAAUAUUCGGGGGCCUAGAAGUAUGCGCCCUGGAGCUGGUAGUGGGCAAGGAUGGUCGCGAGCACAUUAUCGAACUAAAUGAUUCCGCAACUUCAUUUAUGGGCGACUCUCAAGAAGAAGAUCGACGCCAUCUUGCUGAACUUGUCUUCCAACGAAUGCAGAACGUCUGCCGCCCUGGUAUAACUAAGACCACUUCCCGAAGCUCCGUAUCUGGUAGUGGGGCAGCAUCACCAGAAGAGCGUACACCGGCACACGUAGCUGGUCCCCCAAGCGUGCCACCACCUGCACCACUCGCGACAGCCACUAGCAUCGAUCGUCCUUUGCCACCGAUUCCUGCUGAACCUAGCCAGCCACCUCCACCACCUCUCACACGUCGGGAUUCUCAAGCUUCUCAAUCAUCAACGGUGUCCUCAUCUUCUGGUGUGCCAGCUUCUACCACAACUCCAAGCGCUACUACCACCACUACCACCGGCAGUCGCUUUUCGCGCCAGGGCUCCCUGAGCGCUGCACUCACUGAAGACGCAGAGGACACUAUGAAAAAUCUACGGAAAACUUUCGCCGGUAUUUUCGGUGAUAUGUAA